AUGGCUGGUGGUUCAAAGAGGCAAAGAGCCGAACCAAGGAGUGGUAAUGUAGGAGAAAGUAGUGGUGCCGGUAGUAGUGGUGGGCAUGCUCAACCCACUCAAUUCAACAUUACCCUGCCACAUGCGGCCCAAAGGACCAAAUUGGCCGCAUUGGAUAGGAGGGCAAUUAAUCCAACUCUCUUCUAUUCCCAACACGACUGUUAUAUGAUUGGAAUAGACGAGAAGGUUAGGGAGCUUGCAGUGAAUCUGGGGUUUGAUGCGUUCUUGGAUUGUAGAUUGCCAAAUGAUUACAUCACCGCAGAUACUUCCUACUACUACCCCACCCAACCGCCUCUAACUUACCGCCCCCUAACAUUGGAGUUUCUUGCUAGCUUCGAGUUAAAUCAAGAAGAGGGUAUGGAAGGCAUUGAUGCAUUCAAAGUAAAAUUCCGGUUGUUCAACAAAGGCCGCCACAUUACCCUCCGUGCUUUCAAUGAACUAUUUGGUUGGGACCCAAAUGCUCGAAUCUUGGAUACCUCCGGACUUGACGGUCAAGGUUAUAUAGAGGGGUACAAUCCGCAAGAAUUUUGGGCCCGAAUCACGAGUGGGGCUAGAGAAUUCCAAUCAAACUCCUCCAAGGCCUCAGAGAUCCACCAUGCCGCCUUACGGUACUUUCACCGGAUGCUUGCAUAUAUUUUCUUCUCCAGAAAAGAUCUAGGUAAAAUGAGCGAUCAAGAGUUAUAUCUUCUUUGGAGAGCUACCGAGGGUGCGCUUCUUUACCCACCUGCCACCCCGGAGCACAAGAUCAAUCUAGGGUAUCUGUUUGCCAAGAGAUGUAAGGCAAUAAGGGACUCCCCCCUCUUGACUGGUCCUAUCUUUAUGGGAGGGAUGGUCACGUAUAUCGCCUUCAAGUACAGAUACAAGACCCAGCUGCAGCAGAUGGAGAGCUUGAACAUGGCAGCCGAAUUGAACAUAGAGAAGAUGAAAAGAAUGCAAUUCAUUUCGGAUUCCACGGGAGUCACGGGUAAGGCCUUCAUUUGGCGGAUCCGAGACGUCCCUUGGUGCUACAUGCCAUGUCCGUUCAUGAUGAAUCCGCCCCCGGGAACUGAGUUACCAUGGCAAGUCCCUAUGGAGCAAAUUCACGAGAAUGACCUCUCCCAGCCCGAGAUUGAUCAUAGAAAUGAAAUCAGAAGAUCACAGGGACCACCUACUCACGACCUCGAUCUCGACAUUGACCGCACUCUAAGGCGAGUGAGGAGACUAUUUGUUGAACAAACGGGUGAGGAGGAGGAGUUCUUUGAUUCUUCUAGUGAUAUUUCUUCAGACAUGGGGGAUGCCAAUGGCGCUCUUUUUGGUGACUUUGGUAAUCCGGGUAGUCAUGAAUUGCAAUGUGGGAUUCUACUUCCUACAACGGAAACAAAUUUCACUAUCCACCCGCACUACACUCAAAUGGUGCGUGGAGAUCAAUUUUCUGGAGCAGCUCAUGAAGAUCCGAUAGAGCAUUUGGACAAAUUUCUCGAGACAUGUGCUUUAAUCCAAACCAACCAAGUCACUCAAGAAUACAUCCGGAUGCACCUUUUUCGGUAUUCGCUCACAGGCAAGGCUUAUAGGUGGCUCAAAAACCUAAAGCCCGGCUCGUUGGCCACAUGGAGAGACACGGCCAAAGCUUUCUUGAACAAGUUCAUUCCCGAAGACAAAUCAACCGAAUUGAGGCAGAAAAUUUCAUCAUUUAGGCAAGAAAGGUAUGAAUCUUUGGGGGAAGCUUGGGACCGGUUUAAAGAGUAUGUGAGAGCUUGCCCACACCAUGAGUUUGACAAGCAACUUCUCAUCAAGUUCUUCUAUGAUGGUCUUGACGACAUACCCAAGCAAAAUUUGAAUUCCGGAUGUGGUGGACAUAUUAGCAAGGUGCCUCAAGCUCAAUUGGAGGACACCAUAGAGGAAGUUGUGAGGUACUAUUCUACGAGUGGUGGAAGAAGAAGAGGUGAAGAGAGAGCUUCGGGCAAAUUCGAGCUUGAUCAAGGUUCACUCAAGGCUCUUAUGGAACAAGUCAUUGACAAGAAGCUGGGAAAUAGCCAAGGGUCUUCAUCUUCCUCCACCAAUCAAGUACACUCUUUCUCUUGUGAGAAUUGUGGGGGUACCAACCAUGAUAUAUCAUAUUGUGGUGGUCGAGACCCCGAACAUGUAGCGGCAAUGGGGUACAUGAACAAUCAACGUGAUAAUUGGAGAGCCCCCAAUGCCAAUUAUGGUAAUAGAUUUCAAGAUGCAAGUGGCCCAAGCCACAACACGGGUCAAAUGGCUCCCUUUCCAAAUCCAAAUGCUAGCAAUCACCCUAGAGCACCAUUCAAGCAAGGACCACCCAACCAAUUUCAGAAUUUCCAACCCAACCCUUCCAUGCAAAAUGAUCCUAAUCAACAAAUGCUCAUGGAAACUCUCAAUAGAAUCCAAUCAAGCCUAUCCGCCAUGGAUCAAAGAAUAACCAAUAGUGAGCGAAAAGCGGAUCAAAGGCAUCAAGAGGUCACCGCACAUCAAAAGAUGAUGGAUAAUCAAGUGGCUCAACUCGCCGAGAGGGUGACCAAUCUAGCCAAUGAGAAGCUCCCGGGCCAACCUACUACCAACCCGGCUACCACCCAUCAUAUCAAAGCUAUCUCUCUUAGGUCCGGAAAGUCUUAUGAGGGGCCUAGGAGUGAUCAAUCGGAGCACAACAAGGAGGGUGAAGAGCAAGUGGUUGAAGAGGUCAAUGGAGAUAGCCAAGGUCAAAUAAUUGACAAUAGUGUUGAAGGAAGCAUUGAGAAGAAGAAGGGUGAAGGUAGUGAAAAGAGCAAGGAAGUUGGGAAAGACAAGCAACCAUCAACAUCUUAUCAACCAUCAAGGUUUGAACCACCACCGCCUUAUCCCGAGAGGAUUGUUGAGAGGAGAUUGAAUGACAAGUACAACAAGUUUAUGGCUAUGCUCAAGUCACUUCACAUCAACAUUCCAUUCCUUGAAGCCAUGACUCAAAUGCCACCCUAUGCAAAAUUCCUCAAGGAACUCCUCUCCAACAAAAAGAAGCUAAGUGAUGAGUGUAUCACUCUUCCUCAUCAAGUUAGUGCCCUAGUGCAAAGAACCUUGCCUACCAAGCAAUGUGAUCCGGGAAGCUUCACUCUUCCGGUCAAGAUUGGUGAUAUGGAGACCACGGGUGCACUAGCCGAUCUUGGGGCAAGUGUGAGCCUCAUGCCACUAUCCAUUGCAAAGAAGCUCAAGUUCGAGAUGAUACCUUCAAGAAAGGUGAUUCAAUUAGCCGACCGGUCCACAAAAUUCCCAUGCGGUGAGUUAGAAGACGUUCCUAUCAAGAUUGGGAAUUUGUUUGUGCCUUGCGAUUUUGUGGUGAUGGAUAUGGAGGAGGACCCUCAUACUCCUCUUAUCCUUGGAAGAGAGGCACUCAAGACCAUGGGAGCGGUCGUCAAUUGCAAAGAUAAUACCAUUACAUGUGAGGUGGCCAAUGAGAAGUACAAGUUUGAAUUCUCAAAGACUUUGAAGCAACCUAUGGUAGAGAAGAUUUGGCGGGUGGACUUGGUGGACUCCGAACUUGAUGAAUUGGUGAAGUCUCAUGAGGUAAUUAAAGACAAGGGUGAUGAAGACCUCCCAUGUGAGGAGGUGGGUGAAGGAGAAUCUUUGUGUGCCUUGGAGGUUGAAAGCCUUGAAGGUGAAACUCAUCCCGAGACUCAAGGAGCCGUGGAUGAGCUCCCAUCGAUCCAAAGUGAGUCUAAGGAGGAGAGUUCCACGCCUCCUCCCAAGGUAGAACUAAAACCCCUCCCUCCUUCUCUCAAAUAUGCUUAUUUGGAUGAUGAUUGCUUACAUCCUAUUAUUGUCAAUGCUAACCUCGAUGACACCUCAUUGCAAAAAUUAAUUGAGAUUUUAAAAAAAUAUAGGAGUGUUAUCGGGUAUAGCAUUGAUGAUAUUAAGGGGAUUAGCCCUAGCUUGUGUAUGCAUCGCAUUCAUCUUGAGGAUGAUCAUGCCUCUUCCAUUGAACCUCAAAGGCGGUUGAAUCCGACUUUGAAGGAAGUGGUUAAGAAGGAAAUCCUCAAACUACGUGAAGCGGGGAUCAUUUAUGCUAUCUCCGAUAGCAAAUGGGUGAGCCCGGUUCAUGUGGUUCCCAAAAAGGGAGGCAUGACCAUCAUACAAGAUGACAAGGGGAAUGAUAUCUCCACCCGCACUGUCACGGGGUGGAGAAUGUGCAUUGACUAUAGGAGGCUUAAUAAAGCCACUAGAAAAGAUCAUUUCCCCUUGCCAUUUAUCGAUCAAAUGUUGGAAAGGUUGGUGAAGCAUUCACACUAUUGUUUUCUUGAUGGUUAUUCGGGUUUCUUUCAAAUCCCAAUUCACCCGGAUGACCAACAUAAAACAACCUUCACUUGUCCAUUUGGGACAUUUGCCUACCGAAGGAUGCCCUUCGGAUUGUGCAAUGCCCCAUCGACUUUCCAACGAUGUAUGACAGCAAUCUUUUCUGAUAUGAUCGAAAAUGCAAUAGAAGUUUUCAUGGAUGAUUUCAGUGUUUGUGGUUCGUCUUUUGACCUAUGCUUGCACAAUCUCGAAAAGGUUUUAAAGAGGUGUCAAGAGACGAACCUUGUGUUGAAUUGGGAAAAGUGCCAUUUUAUGGUCGAGGAGGGCAUUGUCCUCGGGCAUAAAGUGUCCAUUAAUGGUAUUGAGGUAGACCCGGCAAAGGUCUCGGCGAUAGAAAAGCUACCCCCACCAUCAUCGGUGACCGGGGUACGUGCCUUCUUGGGGCACGCCGGCUUCUAUCGCCGAUUUAUCAAAGAUUUUGCACAAAUAGCGAGACCUUUGACGAGUUUACUUCAAAAAGAGGUGGAGUUCAAAUUCGAUGAUGCUUGCACUAAGGCAUUUGAAACCUUGAAAAAUGCUUUAGUGAAUGCGCCUAUAGUGCAAGCACCGAAUUGGGAACUCCCGUUUGAACUAAUGUGUGACGCGAGUGAUAAUGCAGUUGGAGCAGUCCUUGGGCAAAGGAAAGAAAAGAAAUUGAAUGUGAUCUCUUAUGCAAGCCGGACUUUAGAUACGGCACAAAAGAAUUACACCACCACGGAGAAGGAAAUGUUGGCGGUGGUCUUCGCUUUUGACAAGUUUAGACCCUAUUUGGUGUGCAACAAGGCCAUUGUCUACACCGAUCACUCCGCGGUGAAGUAUUUAAUGAGCAAAAAGGAUGCUAAGCCGCGUCUAAUCCGAUGGGUCCUUCUCUUACAAGAAUUUGACAUUGAAAUACGGGAUAAGAAAGGAAGUGAGAACCUAGUGGCUGACCACCUCUCAAGGUUGCCGUUAGACCACCCUUCUUACCUUGACAAAGAGGAUCCCAUCGAUGAUGAGCUUCGAGAUGACUCUCUUAUGGCGAUCGUUACCAACACCAUCCCUUGGUUCGCUGAUAUUGCAAAUUAUUUAGCAAGCGGGGUGGUACCUCAUGACUAUGAUGCUCGACAAAGGAAGAGGUUCUUCAAGGAAGUUAAGAGGUAUUUUUGGGAUGAUCCAAGCUUGUACAAGAAGUGUAGUGACGGUUUGUUCCGGAAAUGUGUGGCAAAUCAUGAGAUGGAAGGUAUUAUGGAACAUUGUCAUUCACUACCUUGUGGAGGUCAUGGAGGUGUCAACAAGACCGUGGCAAGGAUCCUAGGUUGCAAGCUUUGGUGGCCAACUAUGCGCAAAGAUGUUCACAAGUUCAUCCUUCGAUGUGACCGAUGCCAAAGGAUGGGAGGAAUCACAAAGAGAAAUGAAAUGCCGCAACAAUCAAUCUUAGAAGUUGAGCCAUUUGAUGUAUGGGGAGUGGACUUCAUGGGUCCGUUUGUCUCCUCAUGUGGGAAUUUGUAUAUCCUUGUGGCUGUGGAUUAUGUGACUAAAUGGGUGGAAGCGAUACCAUCACCCACAAAUGACCACAAGGUAGUGUUGAAGUUGCUCAAGAAGAUCAUCUUUCCUAGAUUUGGGGUGCCACGGUGCCUAAUUAGUGAUGGCGGAUCUCAUUUCGCCAAGAAACAACUCGAAGCACUUUUGAAGAAAUAUGGGGUACAUCAUAAGGUUGGACUCCCUUACCAUCCACAAACCCAAGGGCAAGUGGAGGUGUCCAACAGAGAAAUUAAGAGUUUGCUCGAGAGGAUGGUCAACAAGUCUAGAAAAGAUUGGUCCCUAAGACUGGAUGAUGUACUAUGGGCCUUACGGACCGCUUACAAGACACCGAUUGGCACCACGCCAUAUCGACUUGUCUAUGGUAAGGGAUGCCACCUUCCGGUGGAAUUGGAGUACAAGGCAUGGUGGGCUGUAAAGGAACUCAACAUGGACCUUCACUUGGCCGGAGAAAAGAGGUUACUCAAGCUCAACGAGUUGGAAGAGUUGAGGUAUGAUGCUUAUGAGAGCUCUAGACUCUACAAAGAACAAACCAAGAGGUGGCACGACAAAAGGAUUCGAGAUCGUGACUUCGAGGUGGGUAACAAGGUUCUUCUCUUCAACUCACGUCUCCGACUCUUUCCCGGGAAGCUCAAGUCCAAAUGGGUGGGGCCGUUUACAAUCACCAAAGUAACCCCCUAUGGCUCGUUCGAAUUGGAAAAUCAUGAAGAUGGGAGCCGGUUCAUGGUGAAUGGGCAACGGAUCAAAAGAUACUAUGAUGAAGGAGAUAUUGGAAAGAUCGGUUGCCUAAUGCUUGGGACGGUCCACACCGUUCCUCCCCCUUAGCUUUAUUGCUCGUGACGUAACGUCAAGCUAGGGACGUUAAACUAGCAUGCUUUGUAGUAUAUUGUGAAUAUUUGUCUUUGAACUAUCUCUUUAGUUACUUUUUGUUUUAAGUACUUUGCAAAAAUCCGGAGGAUUUUUCCCCAAAGAGGGGAUGGUUUAUGUUGGUUAUCGUUAGCCAAAAUGCUAUAAACCGAAGGGCACGACCUCUUGGCUCAACCAAUCAAUGGUUGAGUCGGGUACUUAGGUCGCAUCCUAUAGAAGUACUAACGAUUUUGGUUUGAGUGAUAUUUGAGUGUUUGCAGGUUUGGGAAAUAAUGCUUUUAAAGCCAAAAAUCCGACAGUCUAGAGCGGGCGCUCUAAACAGAGGGCGGGCGCUCUGCAUCAUUGGGAAUUAUUCAGAAUACUUGAGGCCAAAAUCCGAGAAUUUAGAGCGGGCGCUCUGGGUGUAGAGCGGGCGCUCUGAUUUUAAGGGGGCUAAGGAAGGAAAAUUUCGAGAAUUUAGAGCGGGCGCUCUGGGUGUAGAGCGGGCGCUUUGAAGGUCCCUCAGAAAUUCUACAUUUUUGGUGCUAAAAUCCGAGAAGCUAGAGCGGGCGCUCUGGUCAGAGAGCGGGAGCUCUGAGUUUUGGGUGAAAAAUUGACUAAGUGUGGGAAAAUUGCGCAGCUUUAGAGCGGGCGCCCUGGUCUUAGAGCGGGCGCUUUGAUUUUCAACCCAGAAACCUGAUUUUUCAGCGAAAUGUUAGAGCGGCCGCUCUACCCUUAGAGCGCCCGCUCCGACCCUCAUUUCAGACUUUGCGUUUUAUCCCCUUUUAAUUUUGAGCACCCAAAUUCUCACCUCAAACUCCCUAUCCCUAUCCCUUCUCUCACCUCAAACUCCCUCAACUUCUUCCUCCAUAACCAAACCUUCAUCUCCUCCAAAUCUCCACCUUCCAACUACGAAUUCCUCUAAAAUUCACAAAUUAUUCAUCCCCUAUCUCCAAAAAUCAUACAUCUCCAUCAAGAAUUCAGCACCUAGUCCGGAUUUCAUCAAGAAUUGAAGCGGGUUCUACCGGGUUCGCGUCGGGCCAAGUCGGGUUCUUCUUCAAUUUCAACUCUAGGCUAAUUUGUCUCCAAUUGUUGGUAUAAUCCUACUCUUACUAAGUUAAUUUUCCCUAUUUCUUUGGAUAUUUGCUUAUUAAGGUUGGCUUAAUUGGAGAAUUGAUGGUGAAUGAAUGGGUUUUUGU